AUGUCCAUGUCAAUGGGUGACAUGCCUGCGGGCUCAAUGUCCAUGGGAGAUGGCGUUCCCAGUUUGUUCACCCUACAGAGGAUGUACUGGGCUGUCGUGGGAAGUGUAAUAGGCGCAGCAACCCUUGUGAACGUGCUAGAUCGAGUUCUUGCUGGACAUCGCUUGCGAGAUUCUUCACUCACGCCUGCUAAACCAAAAUCACUGUUCUUCAAUAUCUAUGCCAGCAUCACAGCAACAACCCGCGAAGUCAGCUAUGCGACACUACGGCCGCUCAGACUUGGAAGAUGGACCCUCCAUCUCCCGCCACUUGGUCCCGUUCUUAUCAUCCUAGCCAACUUGGUGGUAGUCAUGGUCCUUUGUUUCUAUAAGCUGGACACCCUGGAUCCAUGGAAAUGGGAGAACGUCGGCUACCGCACUGGUUUCAUCGCUAUUUGCCAACUACCACUGAUCUUUCUGCUCGCUGGCAGACAGAACAUUAUUGGGUUCUUGGCUGGAAUGAGUUACGUCAGUCUGAACUGGUACCAUCGUUGGGUCGCCCGGACACUGUGGCUGACUACCACCAUUCAUAUGGCAUUCUGGUUCCGAAAUUGGGCUCGGUGGAAUUAUAUCACCUACCAGCUUUAUAACGAUCCGUUGGCGAAGCGUGGAUUUGCCGCUUGGGUUAUUCUGACCUUUAUUGUGAUCACUUCCUUUGCUCCAGUUCGCCGGCUCAGUUAUGAGUUAUUUGUCAUCCAGCAUCUGGUAACCUUUAUUGGUUUUAUUGUUGCGGUAUGGAUGCAUGCGCCUGAAGAAGUCAAGAUCUGGGUAUGGAUCCCCAUUGGGCUUGUGGUCUUCGAUAGGCUUGCUCGCUACACCUGGGGUGCAUAUGCGAACUUGGCCAUUUUCCACCGAAAGAACAAGACCAACGCUCUCUGGGCACACUCGGCUACGUUCACUCCGCUACCUGGAAAUGUCACUUGCGUUACUAUCGAAAACCCCAGUAUCAAAUGGGAACCCGGUCAGCAUGUCUUCCUCACUUGCCACACUGUCGCUCCGUUGCAAUGUCACCCAUUCACUAUCGCAUCGAUCCCAGAAGAUAAUAAAAUGAGGUUCUUCAUCCGCGCAGAAAAUGGGGCAACAAGACGUUUUUUCCGAUACGCCUCAAAGAGCAAUAGUCUUUUGGGAGAUGAACAGGUAGUGGGGAUGUCCGAUACGACAGUUUUCAUUGAAGGACCAUAUGGAAGCAUCCGGCCAUUACGUCAGUUCGACAGUGUUAUACUGCUGGCAGGCGGCAUGGGCGCGACAUUCACGAUACCUCUACUGCGAGACGUUGUUUCAUCAUGGAAGAUGGAGAGUACUAGCAGCAAAGAGCAGAUCCCCACUCGUCUCGCUCGUUUAACAGCCACAAAGCGAUUGCGUUUUGUGUGGGUAAUCAAAUCACGUUCUCAGCUGGCUUACUUCGACUCGGAACUUCAUUCCCUGCUGGCAGACGUGAGUGAAUGUCGACGCACACAUUCAAAUUUCGACAAGGAAAUUGAAAUCAGCAUUUAUAUCACAUGUGAUGAAAAGCUAGAUCCACCUGUCCCUAUCUCGCUACCAUUGCAGACACAGCCUCCUCUUACAAUGGAGACGUUUACACAAGAUGAGACUAAACACCUCCACGAGAAAGACAAUAUCUCGAUUCACUCUGUCUCUGCCGAGUCAGCAUCGACUCCAGGCCCGGUAGCCACAGGCAAAGGAUGUCUCUCUGGUGGAGGCUGCUGUUGCACUGCUCAACUCGAGGACGAGGAGAUCAGUACAGCCUGCGCCUGUAACUGCUCCGGCCCAGCAGCUGUGCAGUCUGUGAAGGCUACUAUGGAUGUGAAGUUCCCAAGGUCUAAAGAAUCCACGAGCGAAGCAACAAUUCAUCCCAAUAUUGUCUCUGGUCGUCCCACGCCACGAACCAUUAUUCGAAAGGUCUUGGAGAAAGCUGAAGGAGAAAGUGCUGUGGUUGUAUGCGGACCUCGUGGCUUAGCAGACGAUGUUCGCCGUAGCGUGGUUUCUCUGAGCGAUGAACGGGCUGUACACAAAGGAACUGGCGCACAGGGGAUCUACUUGCAUGUCGAGAACUUUGGUUUAUGA